UUCUCCUCCUGCGCCCCUCUUUUCUUCCCCAUCAACUGCAUACUAAUCAUCUGAUAUUUGGAUAACUGAUCUUUAAUCAUAUGCUCAUCGAGUUUAGGAUUUCGAUCUGUUUAAGUUAUCAUCAGUUUCUUCGAUUUUAGGGUUCAUCAUCUGUUAAAUCAGAUUUUAGGAAUUCAUUUAAAUUAGGGUUUUGUUCUUGACUUGGUUGCGAUUUGUAGGUGUUGUUGAGUGAUGUAUUUGGUUAUUUCGGGAGAAAUAGAAGUUUGUUGCUGAGGAGUAUUCUUUGCUAGAGAGCUUGCUAGAGAUGGUUACUCUGGUGUUGAAGUUAGGGUUACUCUUAUCAUCCUGUGAGAAAUGAAAUCAUCAUCAGAUCUAACUCAAGGAGUAAGUUGGUGAAUGAAUUAGACAUAGAUUGAAAAUGGUGGAGAAGCAUAUAUCUUGUUACUGUACAGGACUGAGUUGCGAUGAGUAGUGAUGUUAUGAGAACCUAUCUGUUGAACACAAGUAAUUAAAAAGUAUACGAAACAGAUGUUGAUGGGGAUAGAGUAUCUUCAUAAGAAUGGCAUCACUCAUAGGGACAUCAAGCGUACAAUCAGGGGGCAAACAUUCUUGUAGAUAACAAUGGUGGUACCAAGCUUGCUGACUUUGGAGCAAGUUGUUGAGCUGCCACAAUUUCAGGUGCCAAGUCAAUGAAGGGUACCCCAUACUGGAUGGCUCCCGAAGUCAUUCUCCAAACGGGACAUAGCUUUUCUGCCGAUAUUUGGAGUUUUGGAUGUACUAUGAUUGAGAUGGCUACUGGAAAACUUCUUUGGAGUCAACAGUUCCAAGAGGUUGCUGCUCUAUUUCACAUUGGGACGGCAAAAUCUCAUCCACCCAUCCCUGAGCAUUUGUCAGUGGAGGCAAAGGAUUUUCUUUUGAAAUGUUUGCAGAAAUUACGACAUGUACGAGGGAGGGGAUGAAUAAGAUCUCUUUGACAGGAUGUGAUGCUCGCAUUUUUUGCUUGGGGGCCAGAAUUGCAAAGCGCCGAACAGUUCAGCAGGUUCUCAACUUGAUACCAAAAGAGCUGGAUGGUGAGCGUUUUGAAGAUACACGUGCCCGUGUUUGUCGUUGCAUAGGGGGUUGUAAUGAUGCGGAAAAUGCAAAUAGUGAUAGUGAUCUGGAAGUUGUUGCAGAUUCAGUUACUGUAAACUUGUGUUGUCCUUGGCAGUGCCCCAUUUGCCUCAAAAACUACACCUUGGAGCAUAUGAUCAUUGACCCGUAUUCCAAUCGCAUCACAGCCAUGAUGGGUCGUUUUGGAGAACAUGUGACAGAGAUAUACGUCAAGCCAGAUGGUUCUUGGCGUGCGAAUGAUGCUCUUGGACAACAACUUCUGCUGCUCAUAGCAACUAGAGGAAAGGGUAUCGAUGAAGGUGAAGUUGCCGAAAAACAAGCUUUUUCUACUGCAUCCAAAACUGCAACCAAAAUGGUUAGCAAUAGGUACUUACAGAAGAAAUGCUCUUGUCUGAUCUUAAAGAAAGAAGCUGUGGCGAACAAAGAUAAACCUAUCUGCUCUCAUGGUAAGUUUAGCUACAGAAUAUAUUCAUGAUGUUUGUAAUACACAUAAGUUGUAUUCCCUUAGGAAUAGGAAUGAACUGAACUUAUGAAGUUUCUAUGUAUUCCCUUGACAAAAAAGAAUUGUUACUUAGGAAAAUUUCAGUUAUUUUUUAUAUGAAAUGAUUGAAUUUGAUAUGAA